AGUGACAUUAUCAUUUGUUUAUUGGUGAAUUUAACACCCACAACUAUGGUCGCAAGCUAAUUACCCAAUUAGCGACCAUACAGAAUUAGCUGUAAUUUUCUUCCUUUAUACCGUGUAGUUGUACCUCAGAAAAUUGUUUUUUAGUCACUUUAAGAAAUAAUUACAAUACUCGCAAAGAUGAUGUUCGCGCGAAGAAAAACCCGGUUUGUGAGCUUCGCACUGUUUGCAGUACUGGCAGUAGGAUAUGUGUGUGCUCAAAACGAAGUCCAAAAUCACGGGAAACCGCCAUAUUAUUCACCUGCACCGCCCACAGAUUAUCAAGCCAAACCGUAUGGCGGUUAUCCAGCCCAGUCACCAGGGAUUAACUACAACUCGUAUAGUGCGCCAAAAGGAAACUAUCAGCCCGGCGGUACAUACCCAAACCAGCCACCUUAUCCGAAUGCACUGCAUCGCAAUACCAGCGGAUUUUAUGCGGAUGAGGGGAAGCCGGCAUACUCCCAACCCGCAUUCUAUCCCGCCGCCCCAGCCUACGCUCCUUCUUACGCUCCAGCACCAGCGCAGUAUGCCGCCCCACAACCUCCGCAGCCGUAUUAUGCACCUUCGUACAACCAACCUCCUUACAGCAGUUACUCCAAACCAGCCGCGCCGGUCUACAAUCAGUCACCGGUCAACUAUGGACCCCAACCGUACGCUGCUUAUGCUCCGCCAAAAUACGCUAACCAAACCAACUAUAACCCUUCAUAUGUCGGUCUGGACAGCUAUCCGUACGGUGCCGCCAAGCCGUAUUACAAGUGUGGAAUCCCUAAUGCACCUCGCGGACUGUACGUUGAUCCAGCUAAGAUUGCCGGAGUAUGGUAUGGUUACAACGUUUGGUAUAUAAACGCCACACAGGAUAAAUUGUCCCAAAACGUCAUCAAUUACUACACAAAUCUGGGAAAAUGCUACUUUCCAACAACCGAAAUUCCCUGCGCAGUAAUGACCCAGGAACAAUAUUACAUCGACAGAGAUAAUGGCACUUGCGAAAACAUGCAAGAAGUAUGCCACUUUACUGUGGAUGGACGACAGAUUGGUCCAUAUUUCGACAGUGGAUCGACAACGUUUCCAGCUGGUAUCGAUAACUCUAUCGUAUUGGCGAUGGAAUAUGAUUCUUACGCAUUCUACCUUUCGUGUAAUAAGUACGGCUACGACGGAAUAUGCGCUGAUCCCUUUUUGUACACCUACACACGCCGCAAACCUGCAGAGGACAUGAGUGCGAAUGAGAAGCGAAAGAUUGACGAAGCCCUCGCUAAUGCGGUGAAGCCCUUCUGCUUCGACCCAAGACAGUUCGUCUACUACGCUCCGUGGAAUAACACCUUACCGGCUUGCCGACGAACUCCGGGAUCGGACUGCUACCAGACUAUGAAAGCAGCAUACGAAUCUACAAUUCAGGACAUGACAGCAUAACAAAGACAACUAUAUACGUCUUAGGUUUAUACAUACCCGCAGCGAUUUUUGCUGUUAUUCGUGUUGACCUUUCCAAGAGUUUUUGCUGACUGUUUAUGAUAAUUCAUGAGUUUUUAAUGCUUCUGACGUAUUUCUAAGACAAGUUUGUUUUGUAAAUAACUGCGCCAAAAGAUGUACAAAGGAAUUUGUAAAUACCGGAAAAAGUUUAACAUUAAUGAUUAAUUCUGAAUAUGAAUGAAA